GCCCUGUCCGGAAGCAAAAUGUAGUUGAAUUUUGCUAUACGUCGAGUUCGAACGUGUUCUUUGGAAAUGUUGAUGUUAAGUUAAGAAAAGCAGAAAAAAUAUAAUUCUAGAAUUAUUUUUUGGCUUGCAGAUGUCCAGUAUAACAAAACCAACAAAUAUUUGAUUUUAUUUCGCUCCAAUUUAGUCGAGAAUUGUGGCCAAGUGUAAUUUGUAUUAACUUUAAAUUUUAGGUGCCAAUAUGGUUGAUUGUUGUUGAUAUUCGUUGUUUGUGAUUAGUUCAUCCGUGAAAUAUCUUUGCGUAUUUCGCUUUGGUAUUCAUUCGUUAAAGCGUGCUGAAGAGAACCAAUUUUAUCAACCGAAUAUUUAGUAUCACUUAUUCUAUUUCUGGCAAAAUUUUUCAUUCGAGAACAAAGAAGUAAAUUUUAACGCGUAAAAGUGUAAAAAAUUCGAACAAAAAAUAUAAUCAAAAGUCGGUGAAUAAGCAAAAAUUAAAAGUGAAAAGAAAUAAAAGUCUUCCUGUUUGUGUGACCUACGUAUUGUGUUUCUAUUUGGUUGUGGGCGAUCUAAAAAUUUUAGCGUUUCGCCAAGACCAAGAGCCACGAAAAUUUGCAGAUAUUUACACGCUUAAAAGCAAUUUAGAAGGAAAAACAUAAUUGCUGAGCAAGUUUAAUUUUUAAAAUUGCUUUGAAAGUUUAAAAUAUUCCACUAAUAACAUAAAAAACACAAGUAAAACCACAAAAAUAUAGUAAAAUUGUGAUUUUAAUUUGGAAAACAAAAGAAUUUUAUGUCGUGAGUUCUACCUUGGCUAUGGAUUGUAAAUUUGUUGUUUAUAAUGCGGCUCGAGACAACAACUUAUCGCAAUUGAAGCAUACCCUCUCCAACACAUCAGAGUCCGAAACAAAAAUGCUGAUAUCGGCGAGAGUUAACGGAGCAACGCCAUUGGUAAUUGCCUGUCGAAAUGGUCACUACAACAUUGUGGAAUAUUUGUUAAAGCGUCAUGCCAAUGUUGAGCAAGUAGGUUCUGUGAGUUUCGAUGGUGAGCCAAUUGAGGAUGCGCCCCCACUAUGGUGCGCCGCAGCCGCUGGUCAUUAUGGUAUUGUAAAGCUUUUGGUUCAUCAUGGGGCUAAUGUAAAUAGUACAACUCGCACUAACUCUACACCUCUGCGGGCUGCUUGUUUUGAUGGCCAUUUUGAUAUUGUCAAGUUUCUCAUCACUAAUGGUGCAGAUUUUGAAGUGGCAAAUCGUCAUGGGCAUACAUGUUUAAUGAUUGCGUGCUAUAAAGGUCAUUAUAAGAUCGCUCAGUAUCUACUAUCACUAAACGCAGAUGUGAAUCGGUGUAGUAUAAAAGGAAAUACAGCUUUACAUGACUGCGCAGAAUCUGGUUCACUGGAGAUUUUGCAAUUGUUGUUAAAGCAUGGCGCUGCAAUGGACGUCGAUUAUUACGGUAUGACACCUCUAUUGGCCGCGAGCGUGACGGGGCAUUUACCAAUUGUGGAACAUCUUAUUUCCUUACCCUGCGUUAGUAGAAAAAGUCGCAUUGAUGCCUUAGAAUUGCUAGGUGCAACCUACGUAGAUAAAAAACGUGAUAUGAUCAGUGCUUUGUCCUUGUGGCGAAGGGCAAUGGAGGAUCGAAAUCAGGAACCCAAAAUACCAAAAACUAUCAGCGAGCCAAUUGCAGCAUACGAAUAUGUGUCGGAAGUGAAAACAAUAGAAGGACUUGAAGAGUUAGUGUUGGAUCCUGAUGAAAUGCGAAUGCAAGCUUUAGUUAUACGACAACGUAUUUUAGGCCCAACACAUCCUGAUACAAGCUACUACAUACGAUUCAGAGGAGCGCAUUAUGCAGAUGCUGGACGUUUUGACCGUUGCAUUGAGUUGUGGACGUAUGCUUUGACGAUGCAGCAGAAAAUUUUACAACCUCUGAGCCCAAUGACCCAAUCAUCUCUCUUAUCAUUUGCGGAACUUUUUAGUUUUAUGCUUGUCGAAGCUGGACGUUUGUUGCCCCGCGGUCGCAUUGUUCCUCCAAUUGAAGCUAGAGAUAUGUUGUUGAUAUUUAAUAAGGCUGUUCAGGAAGUAGAGCGAGGUCUUAAAUGGACUAUAGAACAGGAAACAAAUCCGGUUGCAGUAGCAUCAAUACAUGAUUGUAAUCACGAUCCGAACGCACUGAGUCGAGCCUUAGUAAGCGCUUUACAUAUUGGUUGUUUAUUGGCUUCUCUUGAAGAAGAUGAAAGCUUUUGUCCAAAUAUGCGCAAACAAAUUUUAUAUUCUUUGUAUAAGUUGAAUCGACUAAAAGUGUCUGUUCGAUCUGGCCGAACAGCUUUACACUACGCUUGUUACCGAGAAGGUACACUUGUGGGUCGUUAUCCAGCUUGUCAGUUUCCUUCUCCAGCAUUAGCAAAAGCUCUACUCGAAGUAGGGGCUGAUCCAAAUGCCAAAGAUGACGAAGGAAACACUCCUUUGCAUUUGGCUGCCACAGCGCAACAAUGUCCGCGAACGCUUGCAAAAGUUCUCUUAAAACAUGGCGCGCAUCUGGAUGCAAAAAAUUACACCGGUGAAACCUUCGAAUCACUGUUGAAAUCAAAAAAAAUACAUGAAGUCGUUAAUCCAUUGAAAUAUACCACUCUAGCUUGUUUGGCGGCACGAACUAUACAAAAACAUCGAAUCAAAUAUACGAACACUGUACCUCCAUCACUGUAUACAUUUAUUGAAAUUCAUUAAUUGCUAUAAAGUGAAAAUCGCGAUGAGUAUCGUAGGUAGAACGCUUACAGUGUGGAUGACUAUUCACUAUGAUCGCGGAUAUGAAUAAUUUGUGAUCGUUUUUCAUAUAAUUUACGUAUAUAUUUCUUCUCGAGUCACAUAUAAGGAGACAUUUAAGUUAAUUAUACUAACGUUCAUGCUUUUUCUUUUAUAUUUGCACUGAUUAAUGUAAUGUAACAAAAUAUAAUAGACUUGAGCGGGUUCAAUGUUGAAUUGUUUUUAAAUCACUGACUCGGAAUGAAAAUAAAAAUAUUGUAGGAUCAUUUAAUGACAAACAGAAAAAGUCUGUGCAAGUUACAAAGUAAGGGCAUUGAUAAACAUAUUAAGUUAUAUACGAAAGUGUUUGAGCAAAAAUGUUGUCAAAAAGGCAAAAUUGUAAAACCCUUAUGGAUUACUUAACGAUUUUUGUGUCUAGGAUUAAGUAUAUAAUACAUGCAUAUAAAAAUAAUCAUAGAAAAAAAAUAAAUCAAACGACUAGGCAAAUAAGUAUAACAAAAUAAACUUCAUAAUUUGCAAACAUCAA